AUGUUCAGGUUUUCCAUACUAGUCCUCAUCUGCUCUACUCUCAAGUAUGCCUCAGCUACCCCCACCAAUUACGCUGUCACAAUUGCCCCGCAUCCAAUCUCAUUCGCCAGCGCUCCAAUACUCGCCCCACCCAUUCAAUUUACACUCGAGCGUAACGGGCAUCUACGACUACGAAAUCGCAAAGUUCUCGAAUCAAUGCCACCGGAAACACAACAUCCUACUCCUCCUUCGAUGGAACGCGGGAGCCAUUCAACUCGAAUACCUAGCGAGGAGCAAUUAAGUCAAAUCAAACAAUUCAUCCGACAUCACGAGACGGGAAAGCCUUACACUCUUAAACCGGAUGGCACAUUUGCUGAAAUCGAAAAACGUGAUGGCACUAUCAAAUAUUAUUUUGGAAGAGUUGAAGUAUUCGACGAAGAAGGUUGCGCAAUAUGCCUAGUCUGUAGUCCUGUGGCCUAUGGACUAUGUGCAGCUGGUUAUGUGUUCAGCCUUCCUGCUGGAAAAUUUUGUUACAAAUCACUAAGCGCAGUUGGAAGUUAUAGUUACAACGCACUUAGUUUGAUUGCCAGUGCUGCUUACUAUGAACUGUUACUAAUCGGCCGUUCUAGUUAUGGUACCUGGGAAAAGAUACGAGACCUACGAAACCCAAGGGUAACGCCGAUGAAUGACUGUGAAGAUCAGCUUCCUGGAAAUCAUCAUCAAGAAGGUCAGCGUGCCGUUCCCACAUAG